UCCUUGACCCCUACCCGUCUGCACAAAACACAGUUUGCAUUUCGUCUGACGGUGGUAUUCAGCGGUAGCGAUGGAGUGCGUGUUCGGGCUUGUCGGCGACGGAUUCGCCGUGAUUGUGGCGGACACAUCGGCCGUCCAUAGCAUCCUCGUCCACAAAUCAAACGAAGACAAGAUCAUGAUCCUCGACUCUCAUAAGCUCCUUGGUGUUUCCGGCGAAGCCGGCGAUCGGGCUCAGUUUACCGAAUACAUCCAGAAGAACGUGCAUCUCUACCAGUUCAGGAAUGGCAUCGCGUUGACUACCGCAGCUGCCGCCAACUUCACCAGAGGCGAACUCGCCACCGCCCUUAGAAAGAACCCUUAUUUUGUUAACAUUCUACUUGCUGGCUAUGAUAAGGACAUCGGACCAUCUCUCUACUACAUUGAUUACAUUGCAACUCUUCACAAAAUCGACAAGGGUGCCUUUGGUUAUGGCUCCUAUUUUGCAUUAUCAUUGAUGGACAGGCAUUAUCACAGUGGAAUGUCACUGGCUGAAGCUAUCGAUCUCGUCGACAAGUGCAUCACAGAAAUAAGAUCCAGAUUGGUUGUUGCUCCGCCGAACUUUUUGAUCAAGAUCGUCGACAAGGAUGGCGCGAAGGAGUUUGCUUGGCGCGAAUCCAUUUCACAAGCCUGAGAUCUUUCAUCAUAGUUUGCAAUCUGUUCCAAUGCCUCAAAUUUCUUGCACUGAGUUCAUUCUGGAAUUUUAAACAUUGUUGGUUUCCCCCUUGAGAAAAUGGGUUGUUGCCCAUAAUUUAAUCUUAGGAAAUAGAGUUUUCAGUGCUGUAUUAUUGUUUCAACAAUGAAUGGUUGGAUGCUUAUCAAUUAUAUUUGGCUUCUUUCCUUUUCUGAGUGA